AUGGGAGCCUUCAGAUUGGAAGACCUGCGAAUAAAAUUGGAAAAAGAAGGAUAUUCUAAUAUUUCCUAUAUUGUUGUUAAUCAUCAAGGAAUCUCUUCUCAAUUAAAAUACAUACAUCUUAAAAAUAAGGUUUCAGACCAUAUUCCUGUUUAUCAACAAGAAGAAAACCAAAAAGAUGUCUGGACACUCUUAAAUGGAUACAAAGAUGACUUCCUCAUAUAUGACAGAUGUGGCCAUCUUGUAUAUCAUCUUGGUUUGCCUUACUCCUUCCUAACUUUCCCAUAUGUAGAAGAUGCCAUUAAGAUUGCUUACUGUGAAGACAGAUGUGGAAACUGCUCUUUCAGGACUCUUGAAAAUGAAGACUUCUGUAGAAAUGUAUCUUUGCCCACUGUGGAAAAAACAAUUGAGGCUCUGCAGCCACAUCACCAUCACAACCAUCAGCAUCUUGGGAGCAGUGAGCUUUCAAAGAAUCAGCAACCAGGAGCAGCAGAUACUCCUUCAAACCCUGCUCCUCUAGACCUUCAUCACCAUAAAAAGCACAAGGGCCAGUAUAGGCAGGGUAACUCAGAGAGCUGACAGAUGGCAGGAAGUGAAGGUUUACAACUUUCACUUGCACAAAGGAAACUCUGCCAAAAGGGAUGUGUAAAUCUAUUACAGUGUAAGUUGUUCAAAGAUCCACAGGCAGCUUCUAGUAGCUGUUGCUGCCAUUGUCGACAUCUGAUAUUUGAAAAAAGAGAGUCUGCAAUCACCUGACAGUGUGCUGAAAACCUCCCAUCUUUAUGUAGCUGACAGGGACUUAGGGCAGAGGAGAAUGUCAUUGAAUCUUGUCAGUGACGAAUGCCUCCAGCUGCCUGA